GGCGUGACUGCAGCGGAUUCAAUAUGUAGGAGCGCGUUUAAAUUGCCGCAAAAAGCGAGCCGCUGUCGCUGCAAAUUCGACGAUGGCAGAUUUCAACGAUGGAGUGGACGGCAAACUGGCAUCCCGAAUGCGUAAGGUCAAUCCCGAGCAAUUUCACACACUCGUGAAGAUGCAUUUGUCUUUCGAAUUGGACCUCCACACGGAGGACAAUGAUGCUAUCACUGAGAAAGCUAGACUGAAGAAGUGGUGUCUCUUGAGUUUCACCAAGAAAUCCAAGUCUCUGGUCAGUCUGGAGAAAGGUACAGAAGGUGUUGCCUUAUCUGAGGAUGGUAUAAAUCAUGUGAUGCAAUUGAUAAAUUACUUGUCCAUGGAACAAAAUAUCAUACAAGAAGGCAUAUUUCGACGUACUGGAAAAUUAACCAGACAACAGGACUUAAAGAUUGCUAUGUCCCAAAGCUUAUCCUUAGAUCUGGAUGAUGGACGAUUCAGUGUGCAUGAUUGCGCAUCAGUGCUAAAAGGAUUUCUAGCUGAGCUCUCAGAGCCACUUCUGACAGAUUUGCAUUAUCCAGCACAUUGCCAGAUAGCUGAACUGUGCAGUUUAGAUGCAAAGACCAACGAUGGGAGAUUGCUGAGAUCUUUGCAACUGCUGCUUCUGCUUCUACCAUCUUCAAACAGAAUCCUACUGAAGGCUAUCCUCACUUUACUGAACAAAACUGCGGGUUACGAGCACAACAAUAAGAUGAACAGCGAUACACUGGCCACUCUCUUCACUCCGCACUUGCUGUGCCCGCGAAAAUUGUCGCCGGAAGCCUUGCACAUCAACUCGCAGAAUCUCUCGUGUCUGGUGGCGUUUAUGAUCAGAAAGGGUAUGGAGCUGUUUGAGAUUCCGCCAAAAUUGGCUACGGACAUAAGGGCUUACUGGAUGGAGCAGGAGAGAAAACUCUUGAGUCCCAAAAAGACCGACCUGAACGAGUCGAUACCGGACACCACUUCGACGGCGCACACCGUGUUCAGUUUUGUCGAUCGUAAGUUAACAGCGAAGGCGACUUCCACGCAGGACACGCAGGCGGCAUUGGCUCAGCUGUAUGCUCAUAUACAAGCCAUGCCGGAGUCUGCGAAGAAGCGGAGACUUGUGAAACAGUUUAAUAAAGAAAACGGACAAGGUACUCCCAGGCACGUAAAGCAUUGCAAGACCAAGAGUCUUGGAGAUUCCAUAAAGAAGCAUAUCUUUCAUAAGAGAAUCCUGGGCCACAAGAAAUUUGACAUCAAUAUCGGAUGUAAUAUCGCCAGAUCGAACAGUGAGGAGAAUAUAUUAUCAACGAAACUGGAAGACUCGUUGCUUCCGGCGAGAACCCUUCUUAGCAAAUCGAAUGAUGAGCUUAGCGUGGAGAACUGUGAUAUUAAGACUAAUAACGAUCUACUGCGUGCCAAGAAUACGAGUAGCAAUAUAAGUAGCCAUAAAAACGACACUCCGAAUUGUAAAUCGAAGAGGAAGUUGUGCGAUCAGUCUGUCAAUGGGCAGGAUGAAGGGUCGGACGAAGGGAACUUGGGUGAGAUCGCGGAGCAGAGUUCAAAGGCGGACACGUCCGAAGGCGUGUCUCUAAACGGUGAUCGAUUUAGCUUGCUAAAGACGCCGGUGGAACUCGGUUCGUAUACGAGUUUACAGGAAAUCGACACGACGAAUGCACUCGAUGAACGAUCUCCUUGUUGUGAUAUCGCGCAUGCAGCGACUAGCGACGAUAGUCCGAUCGACGCCGGUAAAUUGACGCGGCAGCUAAGCGAGCCGUCCGACAUGUAUUCCGCUCACGGUGUCGCUCAUCGUCGCGACCAGUCGUCGACGACGAGCGACAGCGAAUUGGUCCGACAGAAAUCGGAACCCACGCUGCCGUUCGUCACGAAGCCGAAUGCGUGCCAGGACGACGCUUCCUCCCCUUCGGAGACUCGUACGCCGAGCGUGGAAGUGUCAAAUGAAACCGCCCCGAGCAUGGAGCCGCGCGUCGAGAGUGCAUGCGCGCAUUUGUCGCCGAUCGUGAGAAACCGAUUCAGGAAUGUGUACGCCGUCCACACGUCGACACCGUCGAGUUUGCUGCGGCGCAGUUUAGCUACUAACGACUACAUAUUAACACCUAUCACUAACAACGACGACAGAAGCAUGAGUCCGAUUACGCAGAGCGCGACGAAGAUGUCAAAGGCUAUGCAGGAGAGUAUAAUGACCCCGCGCUCCAGGAAGCCGGUAAUGAUAGUGUCAACAUCGAAUCUCUGCAAUCUCGUGACCAACAAUUGCGAUCAACAGCCCAACAACGUGCCCAGUAGCGGCUUGCGCAGAUCAAAUCUGGGCGCACUCGGUGCAACGAACUAUACUUCCAUCCUAGAGGAAUCUCAAACGUACAACAGCGCGGAUCACGCGCCGUGUCAUGUCGUAAAGGACGCUCAUGCACACGGUGCUACGGAAGGUAACGCGUUCGACACGCUGGAGAAGCAUAGCUGCGACAAUUUCUCUGUCGCAAAGUGUUGCACCACGACGACACAGCAGAGUUCCAUGUCGAUAACGAGCACAUUUCGAGAAUACCUGUUGUCGAGGAGUGUCCUGACGGCCAGCCCCGUCGACUUGAGCUUCACGUCGCGAACAGGUGACUUCGAGCAGUCCGAGUCCGACUUGAAUAUCCUAAACAACGACGACACGUUGUCCGACAGUCUGCUCCAUUGCUUGGACGGCAAUCAGCCGGACACCUCCGACACCUCCGGCAUAGGAUCCGGCAGUACGAACAGCGCGAAUAACUCCACCGAAAAGGUCUCGGAGGAGUCCUCCUCGCCGCGGAAACGAGGCACCAGUUUACAGCGUAACGAUUCCAAGAGAUCUGCGAGAGAAAUCAAGGACGCGAAAGGACACGAACACUCGAAGCACAGGCAUCCGCUGAACGAAUCGGCGUCGAUGAAUCCUGCGAGAAUGCAGGAUAGCUUUCAGGAGACGUCGUUUUAGUGCUUCGGCAUUUCUUGAGACUCGAUCGUUUCACUGCACAGUGAACCGGUCGACAUUAUUCAUCGUUAACAGUAAUAUAUCGUCGCUGUAAUUUAAUACUGAGAUAUCUUUAGAAAGCUAAAUUUUUUGUGACAUUGACAUUAUUGACUUUAUUGUUUCGAAUUUUUAUUUCUCUAAUGAGAAAAUAUAUCGCUAUAUAUAUAUAUAUAUAAAAGAAUGAUCUAAUUUGCAAUCCAAUUUACGUUCUAUCACACUCGUUUUGUUGCUUUCAUAUCUUAAGAAGGACUGGGUAUUUUAUGUUAUAUGUUAUACAGGAAAAAAAGAAUUAGUUUGUACGAAUGAUCAAACUAUACAUCUCAAAAACUCAUUAUUUAAUAAAAGAUAUCUCGAUAUUGCGUCAGAGCAAUGAUAUAUCGUUGAGUAUAAGUCGCUAUAUUUUUGUACACUAUAACGGUACGAGAUAGGAAGUUGCGAUUCGUCGAGGUUUAUCGAUAUAUGACGCAACGCGUAAGUUUCAUCGAGCACGAAAAAUUGACUGUUCGACAACUGAAUUAUUUAUUCUAUUUACGAGAACUAAACGUCGCUAUAAUAUAUGAUAUAUAUAGGAUAUGUAUGCUAAAGAAUUCUAUUUCUUUUUCAUGACACUCUUUUGAUGAUGGCAUUUGCGAAAAGCUGUGUACUGAGUACUGAGACGCAAUUAGGUAUUUUUUUCUAAUUAUAUAUUCUUUUUUGUUUGGAAUCUAGGAAAAAAAUUGCAUAAUAUAUAAUUUUAUACUUCGAUAUAGAACGUAAAGUAAUAAUUUUUGUGCACUCUAAGCAAGUUUACAAUACGCACAAAGUUUGUUAAAAUAUUUAUAAAUAAAAUUAAGUUUAUAUAUGACGAAUCGUAAUACGAUAUUCAUACUAUAAUAGCGGUUGUAUACAUGUGACUGUAAAUAUCUUAAAAUUUAUUAAAAAAAUCAACGUACUAUAUA